UAAGAGAAGCCAAACAGUCCUAGUAAGUGGAGAACAACACGGUGCAUACACCUAUGUUUGGUUUGUCCCAGUCCAUGCUAGUAUAUUUUUCUCUCUCUCUCUCUCUCUCUUUUUUUUUUUUUUUUUUCACUUUAAAAGAAGCUUCCGUCGUUUACUCCCAUAAACAAACCCCAUUUUUUUCCCCCAUCCCAUGAAUCAUCCAAAAAUCCAGCAACUAGUAUCAGUUUGAGCAAUGACUGGUGAAGAAGAGAGACUAGAUGGAGGGACCUAUUCAGAACUACUAUUUGGUGAUGAUGAUGAUGGCCUAGGAGGAUGUUUCAGUUUCACUUCAUCUUCCCCAAAAAUGCUUUGUUUUGGUACUGAUACUGAUACUCCUAUGCUUGAAAAUUGUUCUGUACAAACACCAGAGGCAAAAACUCAAAAAUCUGGAGUCACAUGCAGUGGAGAUUCACCAUCAGCUUGUUCAAGCAACAACAUCAGCAAGCCCAACAAGUCCAAUAAUAAAAAGCGAAAUGGAGCAGAGAAACAAUCGGAUGAAAAAACAAAAGCAGUUGCUGCUGGAAAUCAGAGAAAUUGCAAGAGGACAAAGAUGGUAGAAAAUUUAAAUGUGACACCCCAUGCAAAGGUUAAGAAAGCGAAGCUUGGUGAAAGAAUCACAGCACUACAACAACUUGUAUCUCCAUUUGGCAAGACAGACACAGCAUCAGUGCUGCAUGAAGCGAUGGGAUAUAUCAGGUUUUUGCACGAUCAGGUUCAGGUCUUGUGUUCUCCUUACUUGCAGCGCCAGCACCUGUCACCCUCCUUACGUGAGGGCGGAGAAGGCGGGGAGACUGAGGCAUCAAGAAAGGAUGUGUUGCUGAGGAGCAAAGGACUUUGUCUGGUCCCAAUAGAGCUCACUCUCCAUGUUGCUGAUACUAAUCUCAAUGGCGCUGAUUUUUGGUCACCUGCCGCCAUGAUGAACAACAAUAUCACCCAAUGAACAAUUAAUCCCUUGGCUGUUUUUUUUUUUUUUUUUGUUUUGGUGGGUUGAUAACCCCAUUUUUUGGAUGUAAAAAGAUUAUUAUCAUAAUAACUAGCUAGGUAGUAGUGUAAGUUGAAAUGAUAAUAGUCCUGUUCUAGAAAGGGCAGCAGCAGGGGCAGGAGGGUGAAAGCAGUACUGAUCAUGGCCGAUGGGUGUUGGAAAUUGUCGAACUUUUAGGGAAAUGGAAAAAGAUUAUUACUCUUUAAUUUUCAGUGAGAAGAAGGAUUCGUGGACUCCA